UUUUUAUAUGUAAACAAGGGCAUGUCGGAGCAUGCAGCUCAGCUUCAAAGAUAUAAUAAUGAGCUCGUCAAUUGCGUAGAGAAACUCAGAAAUGCCUCAAAAGCUUUAGAAAAAGAUAUAAUAAAGGAUAAAAAGGCUUUAACCGAAGUUCAAGAACGCAUCAAUCAACUAAAAAAAGAGGAAGAAUGCCUUAAAGAGGAUAUUGCAAAAAAAAAAUCUAAGCUGGCUGAGUGUAAUAAAGCGCUUGAUGAUUCAGAGACAGUAUACAAAACAAUGUUAGAUACGUCCCACCGAUUACUCCACGUCUUAACAAACGUUCACUCGAAAACUUAGCAAAGAUCUACACGAAG